UAUAGGAGUGUUGCUUUGUUGUUCACUGGUGUAGUAGGAUUACCUAUUAUAGCCUACCUAGCUCAAGAGAAGUUUAUUUAUUUCCCAGACAGAAGAUACUUCCUUGAACCAAAGAGCUGGGGCUUCAAUGACAACAACUUUAAAGAGUUGAUGUUACAAACCAAGGAUGGUCUUACUAUACACUGUUGGUUCAUCAAACAAAAGAACUCAAAGGGUGUACCAACUAUAUUAUAUUGCCAUGGCAAUGGUGGAAAUAUGAGUUAUGGACUACCAACCUAUUGGAGAUUGAGUAAUCAAGUAGGUUGUAAUUUAUUCGUUCUAUCAUAUAGAGGAUAUGGAAAGAGUGAUGGUUCACCAAUGGAGAGUGGUAUCAAGAAAGAUAUUGAUGCUUGUAUUGAGUACUUGAUGUCUGACGAAAGUAUUGAUCCUGAGAAGUUAGUUAUAUAUGGUUUGUCAUUGGGAGGUGCGGUAGCAAUAAACACGUCAAUGAGAUAUCCAGACAAGAUCAAGGCAAACAUAUUUGUAAAUACAUUCUUGUCCAUACCUGAUAUGAUGGAUAAUAUUAUGGGGUCAUUGGUUCUACUCAAGCCAUUGAUAAAGAACAAAUGGAUGAGUAAGAACUCAAUUAGAUCAAUUACAACUCCAAUACUAUUCUUAUCAGGACGAGAGGAUACAGUUGUACCACCUCAGCAUAUGGACAAGUUGGAGGAGCUGGCAAUCAACUCAUCUCAGAAGGAAAUUAUUAGAUUUGAGAAAUAUGGUCACAAUGAUACAGAGAACAAUGCUGGAUAUUCCAAACAUAUCAAAGAAUUCCUUAUCAAGGUGUUUGGAGAGUGGUCUCCU